AUGGCACUCGGUCUCGGCCAACUCUUUUAUGCGAUCCUUUUAUUCAUCAACGCCAUUGCUGUUUUGAGCGAAGAACGCUUUCUUGCACGAAUCGGUUGGAGUGCACAAGUAGCUGAUCCCGGCUUUGGUAUGGAACACACACAGUCAGUCAAGUACAAGAUUGUCAACUUAAUAUCAGCUGUACGAACGCUAAUGAGGAUUCCUUUAAUUGCUAUCAACAUCGUUGUUAUUAUAUACGAGUUGCUGCUUGGAUAA